UUCUCAUUCAUGUUACCCUUCAACACUCUUUGCUUACUCAUCUUCACUUCCCUCGCUCCCCCUCUCUCUAUACCCUAAAACCACACACUUUCUCUCUCUUUUUCUCCCUUUUUUUUCCCUCUUACCUGUACCAAAAAAGCCGCCAUGAAAGUGCCUGAAGACGAUAAUAAUAAUCUCAUUCACUCCAAUUCCCACCUCCUCCGUUCUCUCCUUGAGUCCAUUCCCAACAUUCAAAGCUUCAAGGGCAAAUGGUCUUUGAUUAAAACAAAACUCUACACGCUCCAAUAUCAUCUCUCCGACCUUUCUACUUCCUCCAUCAACAAUCCCCUCUACAAGGACCUCCUUGUAACUCUUUCCAUCACUUUGUCGGAUACUCUUUCUCUGUCCAAUCUUUGUCAUAGCGUUAACCCGCCGAACGGGAAGCUGAAGACGCAGAACGAUAUUGACUCAAUUUCUGCGAAGAUUGAUAACCACGUUAGGGAUUUAGACGUCCUUGUUAAAAACGGGGUUCUUGAAGAGAACGGUGUCGUUUCGGUUCCCACCGUUACGUCGAAAAGGGAGACUGUACGUGCUGAAUCGAAGAAUCUGAUAACUCGGCUUCAGAUCGGGACUACUGAGUCAAAGAACUCAGUGUUAGACUCGUUGCUUGGGUUGUUAAACGAAGACGAUAAGAAUGUGCUAAUUGUAGUGACUCAGGGGAUUGUUCCGGUGCUGGUGAGGUUACUGGACUCCUGCUCUUCACCAGAGAUCAAGGAGAAAACAGUCACCGCCAUUGCUAAAAUCUCGACAGCUGAUUGUAGCAAGCAUGUAUUGAUCGCUGAAGGUUUGGGUAUUCUAAACAAUCUACUGAGAGUUCUCGAAUCUGGGAGUGUUUUGGGGAAGGAGAAUUCGUGUAUAGCUUUGCAGGCAUUGGUACAUACGAAGGAGAAUGCAAGAGCAAUUGGUUCAAGAGGAGGAAUUUCAUCUUUGUUAGAGAUUUGCCAAACGGGAACACCUAAUUCUCAAGCUAUGGCAGCUGCAGUGCUGAAAAAUUUAGCAGUUUUCUCGGAAAUUAAAGAGAAUUUCCUCGAAGAAAAUGCGAUUACGAUCCUUUUAAGGUUGUCCAAUUCAGGGACAGCAUUAGCACAGGAAAAUGCGAUCUGGUGUAUAUGUAAUUUGAUUGGUAGAGACAACAAUAUGAAGCUAUUAGUUGCUAGAGAAGGCGGAGUCGAAAGCAUAAAGAAUUUCUGGGAUUCUGCUCCUUCAGUGCAAAGUCUAGAGGCCCCUGUUCUUAUGCUAAGAACGUUAGCUGCUUGUCCAUCAAUAGCUGAGGUAAUUGUUGACGCCGAAUUUUUACCUAGAAUAGUUGGUGUUCUAAAUUGUGGGGUUUUAGGUGUUAGAAUUGCUGCAGCAAAAGCAAUUUACGAUUUGGGAUACAACACGAGAACUCGAAAAGAAUUGGGAGAAAUGGGGUGUAUACCGCCAUUGGUGAAGUUAACUGAAGGUAAAUCCGUUGAAGAGAAAGAAGCAGCUGCAAAGGCAUUGUCAAAUUUGAUGAUUUAUGCGGGAAAUCGGAAGAUUUUCAGGAAGGAAGAAAAGGGUAUUGUGAAUGCUGUUCAGCUUUUAGAUCCUGUAAUACAAAAUUUAGACAAAAGGCAUCCUGUUUCGUUAUUGGCUUCGCUUGUAUACUCCAAGAAUUGCCGUAAACAAAUGGUGGCUUCGGGGGCUCGGGUGCAUUUGCAGAAGCUAGCAGAGAUGGAUAUUGAAGGAGCAAAAAAGCUAUUGGAUUGUCUUGGUCGAGGCAAAAUCUGGGGAGUUUUUACCAGACAUUGAGCAACAAUAAAACACAAGGAAGGCAAUCAAUCUGUAUGUAUAAUAAAGUCGAGUUUAUUUUUUUUCUAAAUUAAUAUCUUACGAAUUUGUAAUAUUUCUAAAGUGUUCUUUUUUCUUGAUCAUGUUAAUAGAUUGUUGUUAUAAAUUAGUGGUAGAAAAAAAAGUAAAUGUUGGUUAGUAGGCUAGAUAUUUGCCCGAGUACUAGUAGAAAGAAGAGAAGUUUUAUUAUGUAAUAUCUUUGGGUUGUUGACCUAACUUGAUAGGUGUUUCUUGUUUUUCUACCUAAAAAAUUCAAUAAAUUAAGUGAAGAUGUCUUCUCUUAUUGAGAA